UCGGACGAUACACAAAGGAGGACAACCGUUGGACCUUUUUUCGCUGAUGGCUUUCCCAGAGUUUACCUCGGAAUGAUUGAAGUGGUCGAUGGACUAUCUCGCUCCUCCCGCUCCGUCUGCUCUCGCCACACUUCUUUCCACGUUGCUCCCCUGCGGCUUCGCUGUGGGGCCCUCGCGGCUCUGUGGAGGUAGCAUGGGGCUGUGGUGGGUCGGCCGCUCGCUGGAGGCUGGGUCCCUGCUGGGAAGGGAGCGGGACACAGAGUGGGCCUCCAGCUAUCACACUGACCUGAUGACUCACAGGCAGGAGGGUGAACUCGUGAUGAACUCCAAAACAUGUCAGACCAUCAGCACGGAGGCAGACAAGGCACUGAUGGAGAAAGCAGCAAAUAAAGAUGAAAGUAUGCUACAAACAGGCGUCUGGAUCAAAUUUGCCUGCCAGGCGCAGAGCAGAAGACAGCAGAACGUGUCGGUGCAGUGUGCCUGUGGAGAGGUGUGUUCAGGCGAGUGUGUGGACGUGUGUCUGCGCGUUUGUCGGGACAUCCAGCCAGGAACAGAGCUGCUGUUGGGCGGAGAAACCCUAGGAAAGGGUCAGACCACGAAAAACUCCACGACACAGGACAACCUCCCAGAUAACAAAGUAGAAGACAGAAAAGACGCAGAGACUGUUGUACCCGACAUACGGAUAAUUCAAGAGAAAACAGAGGAGAAAGAGGACAAGCAGGAGGAAGUGCUGCUCAGAGUCCCGCGCAGAUGCAUCAAGAGGAGUCAGACAACCGUUCCACUGAGGAAGAGGAGAGUCCAGAAAACCCUUGAGAGUUUCACUGAUGCUCACAUAGAGAAAAUCAACGUCCCAACAGCAGGAGGACACACAGACAGCACAUGUAGUGAGGACAGACAGUCACACAGUAAACAUACAGAUGGUGGGACAGACUCUGGAGGCUUCUCUCCACCUCCUCUGGUCCGCUGCAGCUCCCGCCUGGCAGCUAAACCGCGACGCGUUCACUGUCCAAUCGGUCGUGGGAAGCACCCUCCCGGAAGCCCUGUUCAAUCCAAACAGACGGAGGAACAGAGCUCCACUAAAGACACCACCCCCGUCACAGAGAAGGAGCUUUCGGAAAGUAUCUCGCUCCCUGAUGUCGAGGCCGCUGCAGCAACAUCGUGUGUUGCCAAGGCGACCCCUUCGUGGCCUGCAGGAAUCAGAGAGAGGCGGUACAGGUGCUCCAGCUGCGGGAAGAAGUUCUACCAGAUCGGUCACUUGAAGAAACACCAGUUCAUCCACACAGAGGAGAAACCCUUCAGCUGCCAGGAGUGUGGGAAGAACUACACCUCUGCAGAGAGCUUCAGAGCCCAUCAGAUGAGUCACCGCGGGGAGCGUCCCUUCUCCUGCCCUCACUGUGAGAAGCGCUACGGGCUGAAGCGGGACCUGAAGGAGCACAUGGUGCUGCACACCGGGGAGAAACCCUACGCCUGCGAGCACUGUGGCAAGGCGUUCGCUCGCCGGCCCUCUCUACGCAUCCACCGCCUCCUCCACUGCAGCAAAAAGGUUUACACACAGCCUCCGAAGGUGCAGUGCACAGUGUGCCACAAGCUGCUGGCUAACUCCGGCUCUCUGAGGAACCACAUGAAGCUCCACACUGGGGAGAAACCUCACGUGUGUCAGCACUGCGGGAGGUGCUUCAGUCAGAAAGGGAACCUCGAGUCUCAUUUGAGAAUUCACAACGGAGAGAAGCCGUAUCCGUGCUCCGAGUGCGACCAGAGCUUCUCCCAGAAACCAGACCUGCGCCGACACAUGUUUUCCCACACCGGAGGAGGCUUCCUCUGCAGCUACUGUGGGAAAUCUCUGAGGGACCCGCACAGCCUGAGGUCGCAUGAGAGGCUGCACACGGGAGAAAGGCCCCAUCGCUGCCCUGUCUGUGGAAAAGGCUACACUUUGGCCACUAAGCUGCGGAGACACAUAAAGUCGUCCCACGUGUUGGAGAAACCAUACAUCUGCCACUGCGGCGCUUCGUACACGGUACGACACAGUCUGCUGAGGCACCAAGCCCAGCACCGGGCAGAGGGGGGGGCUCAGGGGGAGGAGGGGGAGGAGUCGCAGUCAGGGGGAGGACACGGAGAGCAGACGGAGAGCAGCGGCAAGACGGAGGUUGAACAAGCAGCUUCAGGCUCCAGCCACCUGCAGCCAAUCAGAGGCAGACCCAAGAAGAACUCGCUUGAGGAAGGGUACAUAAAGCGGAAAAGGGCAAGAGGAAGAGUGGAGGAGAAGGAGGCGAGGAACUUUCAAGGCACUGAGACCUCAAGAGCAGAAUACGGAGGAGAUGAGGAACCUUCAGGUAACAUCCAACAUGUCGUCUACGUCCACACAAACGACCUCUCCACCCCCAGCUCCACCCCUCUGACCCUCGCCUCGGAGAGCCCGCUGCCUGAGAGGGCGGGGCAGGAUCUGGUGGAGGUGGUGAUUUCAGAGGGAGCAGAGCAGGGCAUUGUGGUCCCUGGGCAGCAGUCAGUAGGAGAGCUGCUGAUCUUACAGGAGGAGGGGGGCGGGCUCUAUGUGGCGCAGACUGUGGAGAUAAACACAGGGUAGAGGAAAAUCUUCUGGUUCUCAAACAUCGAUUAUUCUUUGCUAGUGGUGCACAAACCACCCCCUUGGCCUGUUCAGGGAUUCUUAUUGUUGUUGAACAUCAGCACUCUCUUUGACUCUGAGUGGCUGACAUCUACUCUUGAUUUUUUAAGAUGUUGACAAAACUUGAGCUGUCAGAGUCCAUUUGAAGUUGUACUGAAAGUACUUCUAUGAUGUGUUCUGCAUUUAGCCAGUUUAUUCUCUUGAGUUGAUCAAAUAAAGCAUCAA